AUGGGCAGGCCCAUGAAUUCCCUGGGCUCCCAGCUCUGCAGAGCAGCAUUCCUGGCCACCAUCCUGCUGCUGCUGCGGGUCAAGGGGGUAAAGCCUCAGAAAGGCAACUUGGACCCCAACGAGAAGAGUCAGAAUGAGGAGAUACCCUCUUCAGACCAGGAUCAAGAGUACUUUGAAGAGCACUUUGUGGCCUCCUCAGAGGGUGAGAUGUGGCAGACUGUGGAUAUGACCCAGCAAGAAGAUGACGGGACAUCAGACACGACAGCUCUUCGUGACCACCUAUUGGACCUAGCCUUCUGCUUCAAUCUGGCCAGCAUCAUGGUUUUUUUAUGA